UCCGAGAUUGAGCUGAGUUGAGAUAAGAGAUGGAUGCAGCAACCGAAGGGUCAGCGUCGAGCUCAUUAUUGGGUAGGCUGGAAAUCCAACAGCGGCAACAGAUGAUGCGUAGUAGACGACCGUGCGUGAAGCAUUUCAGCCACUCCCACCCGCUGCGACCCGUCGAGGUGAAAGAGGAAGAAGAGUUGAUCUGCAGCGGCUGUGAGCUGGAUCUCUCAGGUUCAGCUUACAGGUGCCGCAAGUCGUCUAGCUGCUGCGACGACUUCUAUCUUCACAGAUCAUGCUUCGAGUUGCCAAAGGUGCUUCAACUCCCCAUGGAUCAUGUCUCUGGCCAUCAGCACCCGAUGCUUCUACUUGACACCCCACCUAAAGAAGAUGAUGACGAUGAGUACCCCAAGUUCGUAUGCAACGCCUGCGGCGACUAUGGCACAGGUUUCACCUACCGCUGCUCCAGCACCAGCUGCCAGUCCUUCAAUCUCCAUGUUACAUGUGCUUUCCUGCCCAACACCAUAAAGCAUGUUGACCACCAGCACCCGCUCAGCCUAUUCUCUUCCUCCACCUCCCUAGACAUAAAAGGAAUUAGCAGCAGCAGCUCAUCCUCCUCCAUCUUCACCUGUGACGUAUGCAGGAAACAAGUCCCUCAAAAUUGCUGGAUCUACUACUGCUCUGAAUGCGACUAUGGCACCGAUCUUGCUUGCACCACCACCACCACCACCAACAACAACACAUAUUCCGUCCUUCCUGCUGGAGGAGGUGGACGCAUACAAUAAGACACAUCAUGUGCCCGUCCUGCCUCUUACUCUUGGUCUUGGCUUAAGUUAAUUAUUAUUUAAUAUUGCAAUAUUAUUAAUUCUUACAUAAUACCAUGUCUUGGCAUCUAUCUGGUGGACGGUGGUCUCCUUUUACUACUGUAGAAAAAUAGUUCAUGUUUAGAAUGUACGAUCUAUGAUCAUCAAUAUAAGAUUUGCGAAUUC